AUGACAAACGAGAUAUUCCCAAAGCCACCCCAAGAGCAAAAUAGACCCCCAUGGAAAGAUCGCGUCCUUGAAAAGCGGGCUGCCCAGUCAGCCCUGAUUCCCCCGCCCUGGCGUCUCCCAGAAUCAGUCCUUGCAGAUCCCCCAUUAUCAAGCGUGGAUGUCAUCAGGUCCUGUGGAAUCUUGUCUACGGACGAGCUUGCCUGGACCGAGACGGCGGAUAUCCGCGAACUGGUCGAGCUGGUCAAAACCCAGCGCGUAACAAGCGAAGCUCUGACAACGGCAUUCUGUAAACGAGCUUCAAUUGCACAGCAGCUGACUAAAUGCUUGACGGAGGCUUUCUUUGACAAGGCUCUUGUGCGCGCGAGGGAACUUGAUGAGCAUCUACUGCGUACUGGUGAGGUUGUUGGGCCUUUGCAUGGGAUUCCAGUCUCAGUGAAGGAUCGAUUUGAUGUUGAGGGGUUUGAUACUACUGUUGGCUGGGUUGGCUUGACCAAUAUACCGGCCAAAUCGGAUAGUUCCAUCGUUCAGUUGCUUGAGUCUAUGGGUGCGGUGUUGUAUGUCAAGACGAAUGUGCCGCAGUCUCUGAUGAUGGCCGACUCAUACAACCAUGUAUUCGGCCAGUCCGUGAACGCUUUCAAUCGCGCCUUGAUCUCAGGCGGUAGCUCCGGUGGCGAAGGCGCACUUAUCGGCGCCAGAGGUAGUGUGUUGGGAAUUGGCACUGACAUUGGUGGUUCAAUCAGAAUACCCUCUACGCUACAGGGUCUAUACUCGAUCUCUCCAACGACGGGACGUGUACCAUGGGACUGCUCCUCUCUACACCAACGGUACCUCGUUCCACCCGUCGCCGGACCGAUGGCCACAUCUCUAGCUACGACAGAGUACUUUAUGGAGAGCCUUCUUGCGUCUCAUCCAUGGACCGUAGAUCCAAAUGCCAUCCCCAUCCCAUGGCGCAAAGAGCUUGCAGUACCUUCGACAGAUCGCAAGAUGAGACUAGGUGUUAUAUUCGACGAUGGAUGUGUCAAACCCCAGCCACCUAUUGCGAGAGCAAUGCGGGAGACGGUGGACGCAUUGACAGCUGCUGGACAUGAAGUCAUCGAAUGGGACCCCUGCCUCCACGUCACCGCAGCCAAUCUCUGGACAAAAGGUAUCCUUGCCGACGGCGGAAGCCACUGCCGCUCCUUGUGCGAAAUAGUCGACGAGCCUUUACUCGAGGGCAUGCUCGUUGGAAAAGAAGUGGAUCUUCUAUCAUACGAUGAGCGAGGAGAGUUCGAAGUAACGAAACGCACCCUCCAAACCGCCUUCCUCAAACAAUGGGUAUCCUCCGGAAUCGACGCCCUGAUCAUGCCCGUUUCUCCGUGGGUCGGUUACAGGCCCAAGACAUGGGUCAAGAGUAAGCAGUGGAUGGGGUAUACGGCCAUCUGGAAUCUCCUAGAUUACGCGGCUGUUACUGUUCCUGUUGCGAGGGCGCAUCGGGAAAUCGAUCUUGUCGGUGAGGGGGUUAAUGUUGGUUGGGAAGGGCAUUCGAUUAGGAAUGAGUCGGAUGCUUUUAAUUAUUCGCAAUAUGAUGCCGAUCUCGUGCAUGGAAUGCCUAUCUGCGUGCAGAUUGUUGGUGGUCGAUUUGGAGAGGAGAAGGCUGUGGCUGUUGGUAAAGUAAUUGACGAGUUGAUGAAUCCGACUCCCUUCCAUCCUUAA